CCUCGCGCGCCCCGCGCGCCCCGCGAGGGUGAAACGCUUUCUCCCGGCAUGCAGCGGGGGGAGGGAUUUAACACCAAGAUGGCGGACGGCCCGGAUGAGUACGAGAAAGAAGCGGGCUGUGUCCCCAUUCUCCAUCCCGAGGAAAUCAAGCCUCAAAGCCAUUAUAACCAUGGAUAUGGUGAACCUCUUGGACGCAAAAGCCACAUUGAUGAUUAUAGCACAUGGGACAUAGUCAAAGCUACACAAUAUGGAAUAUAUGAACGCUGCAGAGAGUUGGUGGAAGCAGGUUAUGAUGUGAGGCAACCAGAUAAAGAAAAUGUCACACUUCUCCAUUGGGCUGCCAUCAAUAACAGGAUAGACCUAGUAAAAUAUUAUAUAUCGAAAGGUGCUAUCGUGGAUCAACUAGGAGGAGACCUAAAUUCAACUCCGCUCCACUGGGCCACAAGACAGGGUCAUUUAUCAAUGGUUGUACAGCUUAUGAAAUAUGGUGCAGAUCCUUCAUUAAUUGAUGGAGAAGGAUGUAGCUGUAUUCACCUGGCUGCCCAGUUUGGACAUACUUCUAUUGUUGCUUAUCUGAUAGCAAAAGGACAGGAUGUAGAUAUGAUGGAUCAGAAUGGAAUGACCCCUUUAAUGUGGGCAGCUUACAGGACACAUAGUGUGGAUCCAACUCGAUUGCUUUUAACAUUUAAUGUUUCAGUUAAUCUUGGUGACAAAUAUCACAAAAACACUGCGCUACAUUGGGCGGUACUAGCAGGAAAUACUACAGUCAUUAGUCUUCUUCUGGAUGCUGGAGCUAAUGUUGAUGCCCAGAAUAUCAAGGGAGAAUCACCACUUGAUUUGGCAAAACAAAGAAAAAAUGUUUGGAUGAUCAAUCAUUUACAAGAGGCAAGACAGGCAAAAGGGUAUGACAAUCCGUCUUUCCUCAAAAAGCUAAAGGCUGAUAAGGAAUUUCGGCAGAAGGUAAUGCUAGGAACUCCUUUCCUAGUUAUUUGGCUGGUUGGGUUUAUAGCAGACCUAGAUAUUGAUUCUUGGCUCAUUAAAGGGCUAAUGUAUGGUGGUGUAUGGGCUAUGGUCCAGUUUCUUUCAAAAUCAUUUUUUGAUCAUUCAAUGCACAGUGCAUUGCCCCUUGGAAUAUAUUUGGCAACCAAAUUCUGGAUGUAUGUAACGUGGUUCUUCUGGUUUUGGAAUGAUCUCAACUUUUUAUUCAUUCACCUUCCAUUCCUUGCCAAUAGUGUUGCACUUUUCUACAAUUUUGGAAAAUCUUGGAAAUCAGACCCAGGAAUUAUUAAAGCAACGGAAGAACAGAAGAAAAAGACAAUAGUUGAACUUGCAGAGACAGGAAGUCUGGACCUCAGUAUAUUCUGCAGUACCUGUUUGAUACGGAAGCCUGUGAGGUCCAAACAUUGUGGUGUAUGCAAUCGGUGUAUAGCAAAAUUUGAUCAUCAUUGCCCGUGGGUGGGUAAUUGUGUAGGAGCAGGCAACCAUCGUUACUUCAUGGGCUAUCUAUUCUUUUUGCUCUUUAUGAUCUGCUGGAUGAUUUAUGGUUGCAUUUCUUAUUGGGGCAUCCACUGUGAGACUACUUACACAAAGGAUGGAUUUUGGACAUAUAUUACUCAAAUUGCCACAUGUUCACCUUGGAUGUUUUGGAUGUUCUUGAACAGUAUUUUUCACUUCAUGUGGGUAGCUGUAUUACUCAUGUGUCAGAUGUAUCAGAUAUCAUGUUUAGGUAUUACUACAAAUGAAAGGAUGAAUGCAAGAAGAUAUAAGCACUUUAAAGUUACAACAACAUCUAUUGAAAGCCCAUUCAACCAUGGUUGUCUAAGAAACAUUAUAGACUUCUUUGAAUUCCGAUGCUGUGGCCUCUUUCGUCCUGUCAUUGUGGACUGGACUAGACAGUAUACGAUAGAGUACGACCAAAUUUCAGGAUCUGGCUACCAGCUCGUGUAGCACCCCUUUGUCCUGUGAGCAAGUCUUCUCUGAGCGAUGCCUGGAAAUCGUGUCUGUCUGUUUCUCUCUCACUCGAAUCCACACCCUUCGAACAAUAGCAUGCUCUGUGUAGGGCUAACCCUGAAUCUUACAGCACCUUCUCUUCGUCAGCUUUAUCAUAAAAGCGAGCGUGGACAGAACGCACUGCCACUGCUGAAAAGAAGGAGGAAGACCAUCAACAGGAUAUGACUCGUCUAAAUGUGGGAAUUCACCGCGUCCUCACCUUUUUGGUUUUUAUUAUUGUAAUACUAUACACAAGAAGCACGACUUAAUUAAAAAGUUGAUGGAUGCUGCACAGAUCAGAAAUGCUCCUCAAGUGAAGUUAAGAUUUGAAAUAAAAUACUAUAUUUGAUGAUGCAGGUUGAUAUGAAUAGCAUUGCAUUUAGUUCUAGUGGUUGGGGUCUUAAUUCACUUGAGUAUGAAAUAUGUUGAAAAAUGUACAUUUGAAGACUAUGAUGAAAAUCAUGUCAUUCUAUUUGGGAUCCACUGUAAGAUUGCUAUUGAAGAAUGAACGACACAAGAAAAUAAUGUUCACAAGAAUCGUGCUGCGUGUGGUUUAUUCCUGUCAGCUGAUAUGAGGCUGAUCUCUUUAUAGGACAGUGAAAUAAUUGUAAACACUUUUUUUUCUGAGGUUGUGUGGUUUGAUAAUACCUUGCAUGAGUACAGUCAGUUUCCUUUGUUUUAGCUUACAUGCCCUUACACAGUGCAUGAUACGUCUCUGAAUGGAUGUUAGAAGAUAUGAUCCAAUGAACAAUAAAUUGGAGUUUAUUUUGAUGUGUUGAAUAUCAUAGCAACAGUUUUUCAAAAUUAUGUUACCUGAAUACUAGAAAUAGUCUCAAUAUAAAAACAAAAAACUACCCAAAAAAAGGAAAGGUGACAUUUUUCAAUGAAAACCACAUAAAUAGAAUCAAAGAAGUGAGUAAAGAAGCUCAGUGACCUAAAGAAAUGGCUUUCUUUCCUUUUAGUUCUAUGUUGCAAUACAAAUUGUAGGCAUAAUAAUGAAAUUCAGAAAAAGGAUAUUAUCCCUGCAAAUUGCCUAUGUGAAUCAUAGAAACCCAGAUGGUACAUUCUGAUAACUAUGGUUUAUUGACAAGUGGAAUUUAGCCCCUAGAUAUAGCUAAAUGUACACAAGCUGAAUAUAUUUUUUAAAGUUUUUAAAGCUAUCUGGAAGAAUCUCAGAAAGGCUUUUUUUACUGUUCGAUGUGAUGCACUGAUCAUUUUUGGUUACAGCAUUUCAGUAUACUCAUGGUGAACUUAAUUCACUGCUUUCUUAACUAUUGUUUACAGAGUGAGACUUGGUUGGGUCCUCUUAAGUGCUGUAGCAAACUAGUGGUUCGAGAAACCUGUGAGAAG